AUGAGAGCCUACUUCUGUAUGGAAUGCUCUAUUGCGUAUAGUAACCGAGACAGAAGUGAUCUUUGGGAUGGAACGGGCUAUGAAGUCUUUGGAUUUACUAACCCAGCCGACCAAGACGACCUUACCCCAGCGGUGCACUUCAAUGACCCAACAGCGGAUGUGGAUGACUCCACCACAACUCGUGGUAGCUGGAGAGGGGCGCUGGCCAUGGAUAUCACCGGAUGCGAUUGCAUGGACAAGAUCAUGUCCCGCCGGCUUUGCGCUUACCACCGCGUCUAUCUCUCAGAAAGGAUGGUCUGGCAGGGGUGCGUCAUGCAGUGGUGGCGGGGUCGUACCUUUGGCUGCUCCAUCUGCCCCAUGUGCCAAGAACGCCCAGGGCUCGAUGGCGGAGUUCAGGGGACGGCCCUGCCAGAGUUCCACGCCGUUUGGAUAUGCCUUGUAUGUAACGGUGCCGUGAUAGACCCUGAGGUGUGGACAGGGACACGGCGUCUCGUGGUCACCGAUCGGACUAAAAUUGGAAACUGGUUUGGCGGGCAUGACAGCGCAGGUUGGCAGCGAUUCAACUACUUGCUGGACCAAGCAUGGUAG